AAGGAAUUUUAUGGUUUCAGGUCUCACAUUUAGGUUGUUAAUCCAUUUGAGUUUAUUUUUGUGUAUGGUGUAAGAAAGUGGUGCAGCUUCAUUCCUCCAUCUUGGGCUGACUUUCCACAGAGACUCUAGAACUCUGUAUGGAGUCCAGAGGCUUUUUAUCUGUUGCCCUGAGUAGCAUUGAGUUUAUUGUAGCUAUUUAGUUUCUGUAUGGAGUCUCUUUUCUUACAGUAUCAGACAUUGGGUCUUCUUGUUUAGAACGUGGAGAUUUCUCUUUUCCGAGUUGGUUUGCAGUAAAGCACAAGAUGGACCAAAUCACAAGAUUAACAUGUCCAAGGCAUUGCGUACUCUGGGUUUUCAUCUUCUCCCACCACAGGGUAAAUGUUGACAGGAGCUUUACAUUUUUCUAGAACUGUGAGGAGCUAUUAAUGUUUCUUGUCUGUAUCAAAAAGCUUUUUUUCAGUGACUGAAAAUUCUGUUAAAACUAAAAGAAUUGGCAACUUCCCAACUAUCCAGGCACAUGUCACUAUCUUCCAUUUUUACCCGGGGAGGAUGACCAUGGUCUCACAUUGUUGGGUAAUUCUGCCACAAAACAGUGUAACGUCUACCAUCUUGGUCAGAAAUACAGCUCAUGGCAGAACGAAGCCCCUCCAAGGUAGUCUAAGCUGCCACAGAAACUUCUGCAGCCCUCAUGUCUAGCUAGGUCACAGCAUACCCUGAGGAACACUGGACAUGGUUCUGUUCAGAACCAAGCUUGCGCCUGGCACCUGGGAUGGAUCAUGAAUGGAGAGGGUCAGUGGGGAUGGAGGACUGGUCCAAGAAAAACACACCCUCAGCCCUGCCCAUGGCUCCUCCUUCUCUUAAAUUUUACUUUCUGUGGCCCUAGAGGCCCCCUCCCCACUCCCAUUUUGUGCACGUGUGGUUUUUUUCUGCCUUGAAAGUCGUUCUCCUCCCCGUUUGCGUGGGAACAGUAUCCAUCCUGUAAUUUCCUCGUCCCUGUGACCACAGUGCCCAGGGCAGAGCCAGGUGCAGAGUGGAUGCUAAGUGCUCCAUGCUUGUUUGUGGAAGGAAGGAAGGAGUGAGUGUGUGAAUGACAGAGGGGCAAAGCCACACACAUAAUGCCCUCCUGACUCAGCAGAGGGUUUUAGGAGAGCUUGAAACUCCUUUGAGAAUUCUCAACUGGGAGGUGGUGGUGGCAUUUCUGGCCUGGGCUCCUAAUUUCCUCCUCUCCCCUCCCCUGUCCUCCACUUAAGUAGGUUUUAAAAGAGCAUAGCAUGUGUGAAUUGUCUAGUCAAGUAGUGACACAGGCAGCCACGGCUGCUGCUCUUAGAGGUUUAAUGCCACUUGACAACAUUUUAGAGAUCUGCUCUGUAAAAACAAUGGAACGCAAAGCAGGAGAGCCUGUCCUAUAAAGAAAAUAAUAAUGGCCUCAGAGUUGGUUUGUUUUUCCCUGUGUAAGAUCUUUGUUAUUUGGGAGUGAGUGAGUAGUGCCAUAAGAGACAGCUAACAACUGAACUGGCUUUUCCCUCUAAAGAUCCUGAGACCUGGUGUGUGUCAUACCAAAUAGUUAUGUCUUUUUCUCCCCCAGAGAGUUAGUCCAAGCAUCUAACCUGUGCUGGGCACAUGGUAGGUGCAUACUGUAUAUUUGUUGAAUGAAUAAAUAUGGUAAAUACUAAAUGUUUCUUAGUCACAGGGAGUUGAAAUAAAAGUGCAAGAAUGUCUCAUGGUUAUUGUGUAUUUACCAUGAGCGACUCUUUUGUCCGCUUUGUGUAGUUUUUCCAUGAAAUGCCGUUUCUCCCUGACUGACCUGUGGCUUCCCUCCCUUCUUUCGCUUUUACAAAUGGCUGCAGGUUCACACUGAUGACAUCUCUCGACCUCGCAGGUACUUCCGGAACACUCCAGGCUCUGAUGCCUGCCCUGGAUAAGAGUAACAGCAUUAAUCUUCGUUCACCCCUCUCCUCCCCAACUCCCAAGAAGCCAGUGCUGGGUUUUUUUGUUGUUUUGUUUUGUUUUUUUGUUUUUUUGUUUUUACCAGAAAGGAGUAGCAUGGUUUUUUAGAGCCACACUUACACUUUAGAAACUGAGGCUGACAGGCCAAGAGUUAGGGGAGAGUAAGCUGGUAGGGAGGAUGUAGAUGAGUGGAUGUUGUUCAGGUGUAUGUUUUUUCCUCCUUCGUGCUGCUGGCUGCAGUGACUACUAACCAACGCUUGAGUUUUGGUUUCAUGGUGGAAAAAAUAACCCGAGUUAACGCAAAAGGUUGUGCUUUCUGACUGUGGGAAGUUGAUACUGGAACUAUUUAGAGGAACAUGGUGUGAGCAGUGUAUGUUGAAGCCGGGGGUGUGGCCUCUGCCCCCACACCCCUUCACUCACCGUCCACCUCUGCAGUGCCCAGCCGCACCUGGGGUGAGGAGGGAGCGCCCCAGGCCUAAGUGCUACCACCUGAACUCCUCAGGCCAGGCCUGCCCGAGCACCCACGGCUACACAAUGAAAGCUGUUCACCUGAACGUAUGCAAGGGCUGAAUCAUGACACGGUUCACCUGAAACUAAUAGUACACUGUAUUGUUCACUGGGAUUUAAAUAAAGAAGCUCUUCACCUGGCCUACAGCAGGUCUGCGUGGUUGGUCAGUUUUGUCCUCAGCCAGAAAAGGUAGGAAGCCGACUACUCCUCCGGGCUCUGUUCUGCCCCGUUCCUGUCCUCUUCUACCGGGCCUUGCGGAAAACUGGUUCUGCUAAAUCCGAGCUCAGCUGGUAGAACAGCAAAAAUGCCUGGAGCAGCAAACAGAGAUGCGAGUUCAGCUUCUCCAGGACCUGCAGGAUUUCUUCCGGAAAAAAGCUGAAAUUGAGACGGAAUAUUCUCGGAACUUAGAGAAGUUAGCUGAAAGGUUCAUGGCAAAAACAAGAAGCACCAAGGAUCAUCAGCAGUACAAGAAAGACCAGAACUUGUUGUCUCCAGUGAACUGCUGGUAUUUGCUUCUGAACCAAGUGAGAAGAGAAAGCAAGGACCAUGCCACUCUGAGUGACAUCUAUCUGAACAACGUGAUUAUGCGAUUCAUGCAGAUAAGUGAGGAUUCCACCAGGAUGUUUAAAAAGAGCAAAGAGAUUGCAUUCCAGCUUCAUGAGGAUUUGAUGAAGGUUCUUAAUGAACUCUAUACGGUGAUGAAAACAUACCAUAUGUAUCAUGCAGAGAGCAUCAGUGCAGAGAGCAAGCUGAAAGAGGCUGAGAAACAAGAAGAAAAGCAAAUUGGAAGAUCCGGUGACCCGGUCUUUCAUAUCAGACUGGAAGAGAGACAUCAGCGGCGAAGCUCUGUAAAGAAAAUUGAGAAAAUGAAAGAAAAAAGACAAGCAAAGUAUUCGGAAAAUAAGCUAAAAUCAAUUAAGGCACGGAAUGAGUAUCUCUUAACCCUUGAAGCAACCAAUGCCUCGGUUUUCAAGUAUUACAUUCAUGAUCUUUCAGAUUUAAUUGACUGCUGUGAUCUUGGCUACCAUGCAAGUCUGAACAGAGCCCUGAGAACAUACCUCUCUGCAGAGUAUAAUCUUGAAACUUCCAGACAUGAAGGCUUAGACAUUAUUGAGAAUGCAGUUGACAAUUUGGAGCCCCGGAGUGAUAAACAGAGAUUCAUGGAGAUGUAUCCUGCAGCAUUCUGUCCACCGAUGAAGUUUGAGUUUCAGUCUCACAUGGGUGAUGAGGUGUGUCAGGUCAGCGCUCAGCAACCAGUCCAGGCAGAGCUCAUGCUCAGGUACCAGCAGCUGCAGUCCCGGCUGGCCACGCUGAAAAUCGAGAAUGAGGAGGUUAAGAAAACAACUGAAGCCACCUUGCAGACCAUACAAGAUAUGGUCACCAUUGAGGACUAUGAUGUUUCUGAAUGCUUCCAGCACAGUCGGUCCACAGAGUCCGUGAAGUCUACUGUCUCUGAGACCUACCUGAGUAAGCCCAGUAUCGCCAAGAGAAGAGCCAACCAGCAGGAGACUGAGCAGUUCUACUUCAUGAAACUCCGGGAGUAUUUGGAAGGUAGUAAUCUCAUCACAAAACUUCAAGCCAAACAUGACUUGUUGCAGAGGACCCUUGGAGAAGGUCAUAAAGCUGAAUAUAUGACUACAAGGCCUCCAAAUGUUCCCCCUAAGCCCCAGAAACACAGGAAGUCCAGACCCCGCUCACAGUAUAAUGCUAAGUUGUUUAAUGGGGAUUUGGAAACAUUCGUCAAGGACUCAGGACAGAUUAUCCCCCUCAUUGUGGAAAGCUGUAUUCGGUUCAUCAAUCUCUAUGGUCUUCAGCAUCAGGGGAUUUUCAGAGUGUCUGGUUCCCAGGUGGAAGUCAAUGAUAUUAAAAAUUCAUUUGAGAGAGGUGAAAACCCUUUGGCUGAUGACCAGAGUAACCAUGAUAUUAACUCCGUGGCUGGCGUUCUGAAGCUGUAUUUCCGUGGGCUGGAAAACCCCCUCUUUCCUAAGGAAAGAUUCAACGAUCUGAUUUCUUGUAUCAGAAUAGAUAAUCUCUAUGAGAGGGCGCUUCACAUCCGCAAACUCCUCCUGACCUUGCCUAGGUCCGUCCUUAUCGUGAUGAGGUACCUCUUUGCCUUCCUCAAUCACCUUUCACAGUACAGCGAUGAGAACAUGAUGGACCCUUAUAACCUGGCCAUUUGUUUUGGCCCGACAUUGAUGCCCGUCCCAGAAAUACAGGAUCAAGUGUCUUGUCAGGCGCAUGUGAAUGAAAUUGUCAAAACCAUCAUCAUCCACCAUGAAACUAUUUUCCCGGAUGCUAAAGAGCUGGAUGGCCCUGUUUAUGAGAAAUGUAUGGCUGGGGAUGACUACUGUGACAGCCCUUACAGUGAGCACGGUACACUGGAGGAAGUGGAUCAGGACGCUGGUACGGAGCCCCACACCAGUGAAGACGAAUGUGAGCCAAUAGAAGCGAUAGCCAAGUUUGACUACGUUGGGCGAUCCGCCAGAGAACUGUCCUUCAAGAAGGGCGCCUCCCUGCUGCUGUAUCACCGCGCGUCUGAGGACUGGUGGGAAGGAAGACACAAUGGCAUUGAUGGGCUCGUGCCUCAUCAGUACAUAGUGGUGCAGGAUAUGGAUGAUACGUUUUCAGACACUCUGAGCCAGAAAGCUGACAGUGAGGCCAGCAGUGGGCCAGUCACUGAAGACAAGUCUUCAUCCAAGGACAUGAACUCCCCAACAGACCGUCACCCUGACGGCUAUUUAGCCAGACAGAGAAAAAGAGGAGAACCACCCCCUCCAGUAAGGCGUCCUGGCAGGACCAGCGAUGGCCAUUGUCCCCUCCACCCCCCACAUCCUCUUUCCAACUCCUCCGUUGACCUGGGGUCCCCAAACUUGGGCAGUCACCCCCGGGGCCUGCUGCAGAACCGUGGCCUCAACAAUGACAGUCCUGAGAGGAGACGCCGGCCCGGCCAUGGGAGCUUGACCAAUAUCAGCCGACACGACUCCCUCAAGAAGAUCGACAGUCCUCCUAUUAGAAGGUCCACAUCAUCAGGGCAAUACACAGGCUUCAAUGACCAUAAGCCAUUGGACCCAGAGACGAUCGCUCAGGAUAUUGAAGAGACGAUGAACACUGCUUUGAACGAACUCCGAGAACUGGAGAGACAGAGUACCGCAAAGCACGCCCCCGAUGUGGUGCUGGACACCUUGGAACAAGUGAAGAACGCGCCCACCCCCGCCACGUCCACAGAGUCUCUCAGCCCUUUGCACAACGUUGCCUUCAGGAGCUCCGAGCCUCAGAUCCGACGCAGCACGAGCUCCUCCAGCGACACAAUGAGUACUUUCAAGCCUAUGGUGGCACCCAGGAUGGGUGUGCAGCUAAAGCCCCCAGCCCUUCGGCCAAAACCUGCCGUUCUUCCAAAAACAAACCCUACCGUGGGACCGGCCCCACCUUCCCAAGGUCCAACAGACAAGUCUUGCACGAUGUAAACUCCAGAUGAGCAAGGUCCUGUGGGGCGGUGAUUUAAGAAACAAAACAAAACAAAAAACGGAUCAUUGACAAAAGUCAGUGAUCCUUAACUUUCCUUAGUUUUGUGCUUAUAACUGGAGAUUUUUGGCUUUUCUAUGUUCUUGAAUGUAAUGUCGGAGACUAGCUAAAUUAACACGGGCAUUUGUAUUUUGUAAUUUUCUUCCUUUUUUCUUAGUAACUGGACAUAUGUCAUUUUAAAGACAAUAGAAACACUUAGAUUUACUUGAAAAUCCAAUGCUGCACCAUUUGUCACGAAGGCCACACCACUCUGCUCUCCGCGUCGUUCGGCGCUUCAGGUUUAGUGUAGCCUGGGUGAGUCGGAAAUGUCUGGAUCCAAAGGCACAAGCGUCUGAAGUCGCAGGCCGUGGAGUAUAACCAGUGUUGGUCUGUGGCGCUUGGGGGGAAUGGCUGGAAAGUGGUAACGGCAUUGUUGGGUAGCUGACAGCGAGUACCUCUGAGUCCGUGCAGUGGGACGAGGUCCCACUCGUGCCCAGGCUUGCAGUUGUCACGGUGGGACGUGCCCGGUGGGACUCUCAGCCCACUGCCUGAAUGAGUUGCAUGGUUGCCCCUUUCAUACGAGUCACUUCCCUGGGUCCAGAUUAAAAGCUCAGAGGAAGGGGUCGGACCCUCUGCAGUUACUUCUUGAACGGAACCUAGAAAAGGGCAAAGCUAAUCCUCCAGAGCUAUCGAUGUGACUCCUUCCUCAAGCCUGGUCAGGCCCCCGAAGACUUCCAGGUCCGUCCUCUGCAUUCACAAAGGACUAGAACAGUCUAAUUGUAAAGACUUCCUGGUUAUACUCCUCCACAAGUUCCUUCAGAGGUCUGUUACAAACUGCCUAGAAAAUACUUCCAGCUCCCCUAAACCCCUGUGUUCUCCUGUGGAAAUGGAGAACGCGGGCAGCACACAAGUCCUUGGUUCGCUCAGCCUUCUCUCCCGACUAAAUGACCUCGGUUCCUUUAAACCCGAUACAGAGGCUUGAUGACCCUAAGGUGACUCCCCAGCUCUCCUCUCCCAUUGGCCUCUUGGAGCCAACCAAGAACUGGCUGUGGUACUGGAGUAAGAGCCAUGCUGGCCAAGGUGGGGGGGGGGGGGGGGUCACAUGGUUCCAGGAGGAGUUCCUUCCAAUUUUGCACCCUGGAACCAUGACUUUUUUCUUUCCUUUCCAGGUGGUCUCAACAUAACCCAGAUAGUCAGGUGAGCUCCGUAAGGUACCCUCUUUCUCUGACAUCCUGGCACAGAAAUCAUUUUCUCUGUGUUUUCCCACUGUCUUAAAAAGGUUGCUUUGAAUUCAGUUGUUUUUACUAAGGUACAAAUCACCACUUCUGCCCAGCAGCAGCUUAUAUCGUGUGUAAACCUAUGAGCAUGUUUUCUGCUCUGACCUUGAACUUAAAGAGAAUUUUUUUUUUUUUUUUAGAUAAAUGGGUGGCCCAGAACUAACUCCUCUCGACCACCAUUGAUUUCCUUCUAGCUUUGGUUUCAAACUGGAAGCCAUUUGCCUGCCCACCUAAGAGUUGCACAGUAUGGACUUGAAUCUGUUAGCCCGCUGGUGAAUGCCUCAGGCAGGAAAGAAUGAGGAUCUGUACUAGAAUAUCAAGAUCAUUCCUGGGAUCUCUCCCUCAGUUUGCCAGUCUAAUCGUUGUAAUGCAGAGAGAGAUUAAAUUAAUGACGUAGGGUUACCUUUCAAAGUCACACUUCUGAUUGCCAACCAGUGGCCUAAUUCCACAAAUGGAUUGAAUCGAGAUUUUUUUUCCAAGUAUCCAGGUAUGGUAAGCUUUUAAAUCUUUGAGGUUUCUGAAGCAUCCGUUUUGCCCAUUGUGAAAACGAUGCCCAGUUCAGCAUCUUCUCUACCCCCCUGCCAUUUCCCUUGAGCUUUAGUGGUCCUUCAUCAACUUUAGACACCAUGGAGACUCAGCCAGGAUUGAGCUCUGAGUAGCACUAACCCUUUUAAACAAUCUUCCCAAAUUCCUAGGAAAUUGAAACCUUGCUGAAUAACCUCCCAGUUCUUUCCAGAGUCCGCUUGGGUUUCUAGUUCUCUGCUGCUAGAUGGGGAAACAGAAGCCGAGAAUAAAGAUGGAAGUAAUGGAGGAGGAGACUUUAAAUCUUCUAGAAAUUGAAAUGAAAAGGAUUGUUAAAAACGGUUUUUCCAUCGAUGGUGCAAGAGUAAGAUGUAAACAGAGGGUUUCAAAAGGGCAGAGGGGUGUCUUCUACAAGUUUUAACUUAGAUCUUACUCCUACAAGUUCAUGUCUUCAGAUUUCUCCCUGGCAGUCCUGCCCAGACUCUCCCCUCUUCAGUGUUUACACCGCUGAUGAAAUGAGGGUUGCCUUUCCAACCACCAAAUUAGGAUUCUGCUCCCUUAGGUGGCUGCUCUGGGGCCUCAGAGGCUGUGCCUUCUUGCAGGAAAUUUCUAAUGCUCCCCCAUCACUGCCUUACCCAUCUCUCUCUCUUCUCCCUAUACCCCUGUGACACCUUGAGGCCUUCUUUCUUUUUUUUUUUUUGUUUUUUUUUCCAGUCUUUUUUAUUUGUUCCAAUUCCCAUAGAAGGACAUGACCUCACAGGGAAUAAGGAUUCACCUAUUCUUUCUUUGUUUUGGUAAAAGUCUUCAGAUUCCCGGGAAAAGACAAGGUGGCCACUUCACAGAGGAUCCAAAAUAACACCCUGAAAGCUCAUUAAAAGCUUCUGGUGCAUUCGCCUGGUGCAUGGCCUUCUCUACAGCCACACAUCUAGUGGGGAGGAGGAAGCAUGCAAAGGGUGGGGAGGAAAGGAAGAAUCCUUGAGAUGUUACGCCCCCAGUUUCAAGGAUCAUAUUGUUCUUCGUUCACAGUUUGGCAAGGGGGUCAUUUUGAUGAUGGGCAGACGAUGGUUCUACAAAGAUGAUCAGACUCCACUUAUGCAAGAAUAUAUAUUCACAGCUGAUAUAACUCUGUUCAUGUCCCAUCCAUAGAACUCACUAAGUAGGCUUACAAGUUGACCUUUUGGUUUGGGUCAGGGGUAUUGGGAAAGGACUGAUUAAUAAGAGAGAGAAAAGGUACUCCGUACACAUUUUCUGAUGCGUGUUCUGUAAAUUAUUUGAACCAGUCCAGUGGCCCUUUGCAGAGCUCUGUAUUCAUGUUCAGGGUCAGCGCUAUCGGUCAACCGUUUUGCACGUUUUCACACAACAUAAUCUGACUUUGGUGCCCCUUGAGCCAUCCAUAGAAUAAUUUAGAGCAGGCUCCCACUUAAUCUACUGCAGGAAGCAUGAAUAGCUCUCAGCCGAUGUAGAGCGAACGAGUCACAUUGUAUUAACCGAGUUUUCUUUGUACUCUUGCCAUUCCCAAAAUGGGCUUAUAAUUUAAGGAAAAGAUAAGAGUGGGAAGGAUUGUGGUCUCCCCAGCAUUUGGGAAUGACACGAGGUCUACAAAAUGAAGAAACUUUAAUGUGAUAAGUACAGCCUCUAAAAUUCAAAAAGCCCACACUGUAUGUUAAGCAACUGGAAUUUAAAAGCUUAAAAAAAAAAAAAAAAAAAGUAAAGAGCCCAUAGGUCUAUUGAGGAUUUAGAAGACUUCAGAUUUGGGAUCGCAUUCAUUCUCGUCCUGACCACAGUAGUGAGACACCGUAAAAGUGGGAAAAGCACUCGGAUGAGCCUUGCUCUGAGUUGCCCAUCGCUGAGGCCACAGUCCCGGAGCAACUUAGAUGCAAAGGCUCAUCCGUGUGUACAAUAGAGCUCCCUACUCCAGACAGUCCCCUGAGCUGAAAACCAAACCUCCAGCUGGGCUGAGGUGUCAGGCUUGGUGCAGGGUGACUUUGGCACCCCUUUAUUCAGAUCAGUAAAACAAACUGGAAAUUGAGAUUUCACUUACCCUAGUAUACUUUCUUUAAAAAAAAAUAGUCUAUGUGGUAUAAUCGAGAUGGGUACCUGUAUCUUUAAAUUACGUAGGGACUUUUGUAUGUUUAAAUAAUUGUACCGGGUUCCAUAAUGCUUAUCUUAGAAACUGUUUAGUAAAAGAAAAUAUAUAAACCGUGCAUUUGUGAAUGCCCCCUUUAGAGCAUUCAUCCAAGUUCAGUGUGUAGUGUGAUGGUUAUUAUAGAUGUUUAAAGUAUAGUAAGUGGCUGUGUAACAGGAGAGACUGCUAAAAUUUACCUACGGAAUUAAGGGUAACUCCUGCCCACGUAAUUAAAUCAGUAUUGUCCUUUCCUGUCGGUUUGAUCAAUUGCAGUACUGGUAGCUUCCUGCUUGUGACUGUUACUAAUCGUGUCAAUGUACAUCUGUAGUAUGUACAUGUGAAAGUGCCUUUCUAUUUUAGAGGAGUUUUAGCCUUGCUCUUUACUGUCACCCCAUCCACCCCUCCACUCUUGCGUCUGGCCCCCCUGCCCCAAUUCCUACCGCCCCAUCGAGCGCCCCGUCCACCCUUCCACUCCUGCUCCCGGCCCCCCUGCCCCAAUUCCUACUACCUAUCUGAGCGGAAACUUCCUCCACGCUCUCCCUGCUUCUCUGUGUCCCGUCCUGUGCCUCGGUGCUCAGUAUCGUCCGUCUUGCAUCCUUGUCCGUCAUCAGACUGUCUCGUUUUGCUGGUAGCCGUGACUGUGCCUUUCCCGUCCACAGUGUCCCUGUGUCCUCCCUCCCGCUGUCUCUCUAGCUGCUGCAGCCCACGUGUCACCUGUGAUCUGUGCUGCCUCCGUUACAGUUCCUCAGCUCUGAGGCGGAAAUUUGGGGGGAUGCUUUUACAGUUCUGGAAGAAAAGAAAUGUUUUGUUAAUCUGUUGUGACAAUGCACUUUUAUGUAUAGUACUGUACAUUUUGGCAUGUACCAUUCCAGGCUUCAAUAUACAGUCAGGUCUGUUCUUCAUGGUGUAUCUUUAUAAUAAAUAAGAUAGUUCUGGC